CAAUUCUAAUUUUUGUCCUUAUCAAAACAUAACCUUGUCCAAGAUUUUUCUUUCUUAAUUACAUCAUAGACUUGUUACUUGCUGUUUGUCUCUGCAUUUUGGAGAAACAAUAUGGACCCAGAAAUCAGUUCAGUUCGCGCCAAGUUUGAUGAAGAAGAUAGUCGAUAUAAAGGGAAUUUGCAUCUGUAUCGGGUUGAUGCUUUAAGUGAAGCUGUGAAUGAACUUUCUGUGAAGGAGGAGGAUUCUCAUUUGUAUCCAUUUGAUGCCUUAAGUGAAUCUGUGCACAAACUUUCGAUGCAGGAAAGUGCUAAUUAUGCUGAGUGCAAUAUCCACAUAGAUGAAAGUGCGUAUGCUGCUUCGGAAAAUGAUGUUGCAAAAAUAGAAGAUGAUUGUCAAAUUGAUGCUGAAGAUGAUGGAUUGGCUGAUCUGUGGGAGGAGAUGGCGUUUGCACUAAAUUAUUCCAAGGACUCUGCUGCAGAUACUGGAAGUGCCAUUAAUGAAAGCAUGGAAGUAGACGAAGAAGAAUGUGAUCAUAGUUUUUUAUUAAAAGAUGAUCUCGGUUAUGUCUGUCGCAUUUGUGGAAUCAUUCAGAGAAGUAUCGAAAACAUAUUCGAUUAGGUUCGUUCAUAAGUUCAGGAGUUCUUGUAAAUUUGCUUUAUGUUAAGAUGAUAUGUGUAGUUUAUGCGAGUAUCCUUUUGUGUAGCUACACUAACACUAAGUCAGUCAGGACAUCUUUUUGGAUGACAAACUAUAAUUUGGAAGUGCUAUUUCAAAUUUUCAAGACAGAUUAAUACUA